AAUGUAUCAAUAAAGGUUUCUUGGAUAUUUUAUCCCUUUCAUCGAUCUUAACUGUACUCCUUUAAAGUAUGUGUAUUUUAUCAAAAUCGUCAAAAUGUGACGAAGAGAAUAAACUGGAACAGACUAUAAUUUAAAUAUCAAACGGCGUGCCGCAUUGCUUAUUUAAUAUCACUGCACCAAAACGAAACAAGAUUUUCUGAAAAUGUGUUGUCGAUAUUUUUUACAAGGGGCUUUUUAUCGAUAAUUUUUUAAUAGACGAGUUGUGUCUACAGAAGUCAUAUAACGAUUAGCCAGGACCUAGAAAUACUUCUAGGACAGAUAUGGCGUACAGUUGGAGCACUGAUGAUUGCAGCGAUGAAGACUUCGAUAAUAGAUCUGUAUACAAAUAUGGUAAAAACCGAUCAAGGAAAGGACAAUCUCGCAGACAGAGAAAAUAUUCAGACUUCCAUAACGAUGAUUUUUCCGAAGAAGACGUAUUCAGAAAGCUGGUUUACUCAGGUGGUUUAUCAAGCGUAACUCAAUAUAUGGAGGACAAUUCACCUGGUAUAACAUUCAAACGAUGGCUUAAAGGGCGACGAAAAAAACUAUCAGUUUACAAAAAACGAAACAAACCUAUUUGUAUCGGUCCCUUUUUAAAAGAAGCAACACUCUGUUUUGAGCACACCAGCAGAAAUUGCCGACGCUUGAAUUGCAGCCAUUUUCAUAUUUGUAGCUUCUACCUAAACGGUAUUUGCAAACGUGGCAGAAAUUGCAAGAAAGGUCACGACUUUGACGAUGAUCAUAAUCAUCAAAUAAUAGAAAAUCUCGAACUGGAAGAGUUUUCGGAUAUGGAAAUUCGGACUAUAAUUCUAUCCAGAUACCCACAAGUCUGUCGCACUGAAGCAUGCUCUCUGGGAGAAGAUUGUCCAUACCUGCACAUGUGCUACAAUUUCCUCAAGAACAAAUGCGAGGUUGCAAACUGCAAGAGAGGGCAUUCUCUUAACACACCUCAUAACAAAUGGGUCCUGAGAUCUUACAGAAUGGGCCGAUGGUCGGGAGAAAAGUUAGCUUUGUUGAAAGCGUUAAUUAACAUGCCACGACAACAAAAACAAAUUGACUAUUCUUAUCAAGAUACACAUCAGGGUUUUACCUCUGAAUCAGAAGAUAUGUCUUGCGAAGAAACUUACCCAGAACAGCCUUCAACUUUAAGAGCAGAGCCCUACCCAAAACAACCAUCAAUUUUAAAAGCAGAGACCUACAUGUACCAAAAACAACCAUCAAUAUUAAGAGAAAGGAACAGGAAUGUAGAAAUGUUUAAAGAUAUUUCAACAUCCAGUAGUGUUAAAAAGUACGAUGGCCACGAAAAAGACAUCUGUCUAGAUCAUCUGGUAAGAACCUGUCCAGCAAGUGACUGCGAUAAGCUCCAUUACAAUCUUCCCUACUUGUGGCAAAUUCACUUUCUUGGUGAAUGGAUGAGCUUUGAUGAAGAAGAAAAUCAGUCCUUGGAACAAAGAUAUUGUAACAUGGAAGACACGGCAAAAGGAAAAAUUUUUUCAAAGGGGGUAAAAUAUGAAAUUACCCUUAAUUUUAAAGAAGAAUACGGAACACGUAGCCAUCUGGGAUCCUUACGCCUCUAUAUACGACGGCUCUCAACAGCGUCGUUUGCUACGGAAAACGCUCCAUUGCAGAGAGGGUCUUUUCACACGCAGUGGAGGUGGUACUUGAAAAAUGAUUAUCAACAGUGGAUGUGUUUUGAUAAGGAUGAAUUGCAGUAUACUUUAGAAAAGAAAUACGUCACAGGACAAAAGAGCUAUUUAUUCACCAGGGAGAGUCAUAAAUUCAAAUACAGAAUCAGUUUUGCUGAUUGGGAGCAGAAAAAUCUUGAUACCUUAAAAGUUCGGAAGAUUUUAAGACGACCAGUGUUCGUGUCUCGUACUGACAUAGUAUCCCAACAAUUUCCAGAAAGAUUAAGGGUUGUUUUUUCUGAUCCACAUCCACCAGAGUGGAGUUCAUUAGACCUGGCGCAUGAAUUCGAGCUAGUAGAAUUAGGGGAAUCACAAACAGAAUUCAGCAGUGUGAAGACGGCGUUUUUUGCAAACUUAGACGAGAAAGGCAUCAAUAUUUGCAACAUUUACCGUAUUCAGAAUUUAGCUCUAUGGAAUGAGUACAAAAUGAAAAAACUGAACCUAGAGAAAACUCAUGCAAAGAAGAAUGGGAGGCUUGACGAAAGAACCCUCUUCCAUGGCACCGAUUCCUACGACACUUGUUAUGGAAUAUGCACGAACAAUUUUGAUUUCCGGUUGAGCGGCAAAAAUGCAACCGUAUACGGAAAGGGUUCUUAUUUCGCCGCUUCGGCUAAAUAUAGUCACAAUUACACAAGAGGCCCUGUUCAUCUAAUGUUUCAAGCAAAGGUAUUGAUAGGAAGCUACACAAAAGGAAGCGGGGAUAUGACCUGUCCACCAAAUAUUCCGGGAGAAGGACACAGAAGAUAUGACUCAUGCGUCGAUAACACCACUAAUCCAUCAAUAUUUGUCGUCUUCGACAGAAACCAAUGUUACCCUGAAUAUUUGAUUGCUUAUCAGAGCAAAUCUACCACAACAACUGCAGCAGCGGUGCAAAGCACAUAUCAAUCUGUAACAAACGCUAAUCAAUCGGUUUUGGGAAGGACCACGCACCAUACAAGUAUUGUUCACAAUCGUUCAACGCCCCUUCAAAGCCAGUCACAAAGUAUCGGCACUGCAUCAACGAAUUUUCCGCGUUCCAUCUCGAGCACAUCCGUCGCUUCCGUCGAUUUAAAUAAGCAGUUUCAAAAUCGUUCUCAAAAUCAAACAUCUGUAUCAUCGAUUAAAAGUACAGCAUCUACUGCCGAUGCAAACGGUUCAUAUAGGGCUUAUCCUGCUUUAGGAAUUAGCACUGCGAAUACAACCACAACCGGAGGACCUCAGAACUCCGUAACCAGCCCGUCUCCUCCUGUCAGUACAGUACCCCACAGAACACCAUCAUUUAGAGUUGUGUCCCAAAACACCUAUCCUUUCGAAAAUCCUAGAUCAAAUUUUGCAGGAAAAAAGAAGAACGGUUGUACAAUUCAAUAACAGAAAUACAUUGCAUUUUCAAAGCACUGACUUGAAUCCCAAUAGUGCUUAUACACGCAUAUGAUAUCCACAAGAAAUGAUUGCUUGUGAUAUUCACAUAAAGACACACUUUCCAUGUACAAUUACUAUAUUACCUAAACAAAUGAUGUUAAAAGUCUAGCCGUAAAACCAAACAGUCCAUGCAUUGUUUAGUCCGGGCUUCUUGUAUAAUAUCUCUCUCUCUCUCUCUCUCUCUCUCUCUCUCUCUCUCUCUCUCUCUCUCUCUCUGUGUGUUGCCCCGGUAAAACCUCCACUACUAAAAAGGCAAACAGAAAAAAUAGCAAAGAAUAAAGAUACGUCUUACCAUUAGGGGAUGUUCGUAUCGAGGUCUCUGGUUUCAAACGCUUAAACAACUCAUUUUGUCGACAUAGACAUCACAUGUCGACCUGAAAGCAUAUACAAUGGACACAGGGCAGCAUUAGCCGCAAGGUCUACAUGUAUUUGUGUUGUUCCUUCCUGGUGUAUUUGGACAUCAUGUUUCUUUAGAAUUUAUUUUAUGAACGAAUCAAUGGCAACGUUGAUGAGAGACACAAUGACACCGACGAUACAAAUUGAAAUAAUCUCAAAAUGGCCUUACGAGGUGAAGAACGAAGGUGUUUCAGGAACUUGUGCACGCUCAAGAUUUUGUCAGCGCUAAAAAAAUCAGCAUGUACCUAGGGCUGAAAUUCGUGAAGUGGUAUUUGUUGUUGAAAUGCAUGCUUGUAUGUUUUAUGAAAAAUAAAGAGAGUGGUUGUGUUUUAA